AUGAUUUUACAAAUCUUAUCUUUAAGCUUUAUAUUUAUAAUUACUGUUGAUAUUAUUCACGCUAUAUCAAUAACAAAACAAGGAAAUGAUGUGUUUCAGUUAUUAAAAGAUGUAAAAGAACGAGUAAAACAUGGAACACAAUGUCUUCCACCAUCAAAAUAUUUUGCUGGUUCAUGUUAUACAUAUAUGAAAUUAUUACCAGCUAAAUCAUGGGAUGAAGCAUAUAACAAUUGUUUAUCAUUACCAUUGACAAAAGAUGCACGUUUAUUAGUUAUUGAUUCAGUAGCUGAAUAUGAUUUUGUUGAACGUGAACUUAUUGGACCUAAAUCAGGAUCAGAUAGUGUUUCAGUAUAUGUUGGAUUACGUAAGAUAAAUGAUACAUGGCUUUGGUCAAAUGAUUUACCAUUGAAAGAAACUCCUGUAUAUCGAUUUUGGAUCGAUACUAAUAAAGAUAUUCUUGCUUAUGAUUGCGGUGCACUUUGGCUUUCGAAAAAUUCAAGUAUACUUACAGCAGCUGCAUGUGCUGAACAAUCAUCACGUCCUUAUGUUUGUAAAUAUACUGUUGAUCGUUGUUAUAAUAAUAGUGGUGGUUGUGGUAAAUAUGGUACAUGUUUAAAUUUACCACUUUUAAAUUCUCAUAAAUGUAACUGUCGAUUUCUUUAUGCUGGCGAACGAUGUGAAAAAUGGAGUGAUCAAGGUGUUCAAGCAAUCAUUGGUGGUAUUAUUGUAAUUGCUGCAUUAAUUAUUUCAUUUAUUAUUAGUAUGGAUCGAUCAAGUAAUCAAUGGUCAUUUAAAAAAGAUGCAGCCGAACAUUAUCAAGCUGCUGCAAUUUAUGGUCAAAGUCGUCCAACAUCAUACAUGCCACGAUCACCACAUGUUAUUGAUCGAGUUAUUUCCAAUCCAUGUUCACCUCAGCAUGAGUUUUUUCAAGCUUCAACUCCUAAUGAAAAACAUCAUCGAUUUAGUUCUUCUUCAACUCCUCCACCUAUUCCUCCACCAAUUGGCCGAUCAAUUGAACGUAAACAUCGUUAUUCAUUUCGUCUUAGUAUUCAAGAACUUGAAGUAACAUCUCAUAUACGUAAUUUAUUUAUUAAACCAAAACGUAUCAUUUUCAUUAUUUUACCAAUUGUAUUAACAAUAAUUAUUUCGAUUAUUAUUCUUCAUGCAAGACAUUAUAUAAAAGAAAAAGUUUUUCAUGAAUCAUUUAAUAAUUCAACUCGUUUAUUUCAAUUUUGUGCAUUAUAUGAUAAUAAUUAUUAUGUUAAUUUAGUAACAUUACCUAUUGCUGUUGCUAUUAUUCUAUUAAUUAUAUUUAAUGAAUCACGAAUAACUUCGUGUCGAUUAAAAAAAGAAAAAUCAUCCGAGAAAUUUUCAAUUUAUACUCCAAUACCAUUUAAUCCAUUUUCAAAAGUCAAUCGUUUUGAUACAAUGAUUUUAUGUGGUAUUGUUAGUCAUGAAAUUCUUCAAAUAAUUGAAGAAAUAUUUCUUAAAGCAACACAAAUGAAAUUAUUAACAAUGCGUGGUCCAUUAUAUGAUCUUAUUCGUCAAAUAGG